AUGUCCACAGACGCGGAGGAGGUCUACGAGUUGGACUCCGUGGCGGAUCUGGCGAUCUGGGUGAAGAGCUCCAUCCAGUUCGUGGGCAUGGCGCCCUCCAAGGUUUGGUCCACUGAGCAGGACCACGCGUAUCCCGAGCCCGGGUACAAUGUCUUUACGGUGCGCGACCUGCUGCUCCUCUGCGAGCCCACCCCCGUCCGCUUUGAGGAGAUCUCCAAGCUGGGUGCAGCCAUUGAGGUUCAGUUUGUGUGGAACUGCCACAUCAACAACGACAAGUGUAAGCCGGAGGUGAAGGUGCGGCGGCUGGACACUUUGUUUGAUGAGAAUCAGUUUGGGUACUACUUCAACGACGCGGAGUAUGUGUCGGCUGAUGAGAGGUACCUAAAGAAGGUGCACGGAGUCAGGAUCUUCCUGCGCACGGUGGGGGUGGGGCAUCGGCUCUCCGUCAUCAAGCUGGUGAUGAAGGCGUCCACCGCCGGCACUCUGCUCACCGUGGCGCCCUUGAUCGCCGACCUGCUCAUGCUGCAGGUGUUUGCGCUGAGCAAGAAGUACUUUGCGAGGAAGUAUGAGGUCUCUCCGGACUUCAGCGAGUACAUGGCAGAGCUCAUGCAGAAGAAGGAGGAGCAGAGCAGACUGCCCGGGAUGCUCGCCGAGGACGACCGGGCGGCUUUGGAGCAGGACGAGGACUGGCACCGGCGACUGGAGGAGCACGACUGA